AUGGGAGCUGGUGAUCCGCGCGACAUCCUUAUUGGUGGCGUUCUUCAGUGUACUGAGGCAUUCACCCUUGGCAUGCCGUUUGAAGUUUGGAAGACUCAACAGAUUUCUGGUCUUGCUAAGGGACAAUGGAAUAGCUUUAUAGUAGAGUUUAAGACACUUUGUGAGAGUGGUUGGGGUCGGUUUUAUCAUGGUACUGGGGCGAAAAUGGUGGAGGCCGCUUUGAAGGGCUCUAUAUUGCUUUUUGGUACCAAUUUGACACUGGAGUUGGAGCCGAUGCUUGGUGUUAAUCCACACGGUGCAAUGGGUGGCAUGUUGGCGGGCUUCGUCGGAGGUGUUAUGCAAACAGUCGUGAUGUCUCCCAUGACAUAUGUUGUAACGUAUAAAAACCGCAACCCACAAUAUCAUUCGAUGAGCUUAUUUACAGUGCUGAGGAAAGCUGGUUUUCGUAAGGCUUAUGGAUCCGCACCGGCUAUGGCAGGACGUCAAGGAACGAACUGGGCUUUGCGAUGGUUCUUUGCCGUUGCCUUCACAAACAAGUAUAAAGAGCUGGUGGGCCGGCAAAAAUUAACUACACCUGAAGAGAUAUUCUGUGGAAUCAUGGGAGGUGUAUUGGGAUGUAUAAAUCAGCCCUUUGAGGUUGUGCGUGUUUUGCAGCAAGCUCGACAAGCAACGGGAGAGCAAGGUGUAACCACGCGAAAUUGUGUAUCAUAUGUGUACAAGACAUAUGGAUUGAAAGGUUUCUAUGCGGGGAUAAUACCGAGAAUGGGACUAUCCGCUUGGCAGACGUUGUUCAUGGUGACUUUUGCGGGAAUGAUUAAGGAACGUCUCCAAGCCAUAAGCCAUAAGGUUGAAUUGAUAAAGGGCUAA